AGAAGAACGAGGGUUUUCCUCUUUGGUCACAGCACCACCGCACAACCCGGUCUCUCUCUCUCUCGCUCGCUCGAGCGCGCGCGCUCUUGCUCUCUCUCUCUCUUGCUCUCUGGGUCCCCCUCCUGCCCUGCCCCUCUUCUCUCUUUCCUCUCCUCCGAGACAGUGCGACGACGACGACGAAGAAAUUCAGGGUUAGGGUUUUAUGUUCUUGCUUGCUUUGUAGCUGAGAUUCUAUUCAUUUAGUUAGGCUGAGAGGUAUAGAAGAUUUCGAUUUCUUGCGCCGAAGAAGAAAGUAGAGGAAGCAGAAGAUGAGUGUGGAUCCGGUUCCUUCGAACUCCCACGGCCACCUCGAUGAGCAUAUUUCGCAGCUUAUGCAGUGCAAGCCCUUGUCCGAGCAAGAGGUUAGAGCAUUAUGCGAUAAAGCUAAAGAAAUAUUGAUGGAAGAGAGCAAUGUCCAGCCUGUGAAAAGCCCUGUGACGAUAUGUGGUGAUAUUCAUGGGCAGUUCCAUGAUCUUGCAGAACUUUUUCGAAUUGGGGGGAAGUGUCCAGAUACCAAUUAUUUGUUCAUGGGAGAUUACGUGGACCGUGGGUAUUAUUCGGUUGAAACUGUAACGCUACUGGUGGCACUUAAGGUGCGCUAUCCUCAACGAAUUACCAUUCUUCGAGGAAACCAUGAAAGUCGUCAGAUUACACAGGUUUAUGGGUUUUAUGAUGAAUGCCUACGAAAGUAUGGCAAUGCUAAUGUUUGGAAGGUUUUCACGGAUCUUUUUGAUUAUUUUCCAUUGACAGCCUUGGUUGAAUCAGAAAUAUUUUGCCUACAUGGUGGGUUAUCCCCAUCCAUUGAGACACUUGAUAACAUACGGAAUUUUGACCGUGUUCAAGAAGUUCCCCAUGAAGGGCCUAUGUGUGACCUCUUAUGGUCUGAUCCAGAUGAUCGCUGUGGUUGGGGUAUUUCUCCUCGUGGUGCUGGAUAUACCUUUGGUCAGGACAUUUCUGAGCAGUUCAACCAUACCAACAACUUAAAGUUGAUUGCUAGAGCUCAUCAGCUAGUCAUGGAAGGAUACAAUUGGGGACAUGAACAAAAGGUGGUUACUAUUUUCAGUGCACCCAAUUAUUGCUACCGUUGUGGGAAUAUGGCAUCAAUCUUGGAAGUGGAUGACUGCAAAGGGCACACUUUCAUUCAGUUUGAGCCAGCUCCAAGGAGAGGAGAGCCAGAUGUAACCCGCAGAACACCUGAUUAUUUCCUAUAAUGCAAAUGCCUUUCAAUUUUAGCUGGCUUUCCAGCAGGUAAGUUUCUGCCUGCUGGUUGAUGAUGAGGUGGAUGCAGAUCCUUGUUGUUGAGAGCUGUUUAUUGGAUUUAAGAUUUAUAAUUUCAACCUGCUAUGCUUAUUGGUGGUGGUGGGGGCGCAUAAGCAUGUAAAAUGGGCAGGUGAGGCUCCCUUUAAUUUGGUUGUGUUCCAAACUAUGCCGAGUAUCCUCAAGUGAAGGCAGGAGCUGGCGACACUGGCAUCAUGUAUCAUUUUCCAGCAAAACAUGUUUUUUUUGUUCUUUUUAUUUUGCAUUUUUUUUCUUUUUUUCCUCUUUUUCAUUGGGGUCUGUAGAGGGAAGAAGGGGAUUCUAUUUUUACUGGGUGCUUUUAUGUCCUUUUUAGUAUUAAUUGGACCGCAUUGAUUCCGGUGGCUGCCCCUCUUUUUUUUUCUCCAUCUGGUUUUUCUUUAAUGGUUUAGACAAAGAUGUUCAAGUUCGCACCUGGUAUUCACUUCAAAAGUUCAAAGCUGAGCUAUUUAGAGC